CCUGGGUAUUGAAUUCUGGGCUUCUACUUUUAAAUUUAACUUGCAGUCCCUGCCCAAUCAUUCAUUUCGUCCUUUUUCUCCUUGUGUUUUCUCUCAACUCAAACUUUUUCAAAUUUUAAUUUUUAUUCCUUUUCCGAAAUCAAAGUAAUUUUCAAGCAGAUUCAGAACAUUCCCAUCUCAAGAAGAGUUUUCAAGCAGAUUCAGAACAUUCCCAUCUCAAGAAGUUUGUUCAUGAUUUGCUGAAAAUGACAUCUGUUGAGGGAAAUACGGCUGAGCCUCGGAAAACUAGUAAUCCGGCUGCUAACACUGCUAAGAUUCAGAGUUCAUCAUCAUCAUUCCGAAGGUGGGGUAGGAAGUAUCCUUUUAUCAGAUAUGGGCUUCCAAUGAUUUCGUUGACAGUGUUUGGGGCAGUUGGCCUUGGUCAUCUCUUGCAGGGCAGCAAGGAUAUAGCAAAGGUGAAAGAUGAUCAAGAAUGGGAAAUUAUCGAGACGAGGAAAGCAUUAUCAAGAACAGGACCCGUUGAUGCGUAUAAGCCAAAAAAGAUUUCAUUAGAGGAAGAAUUAAAGGCUUUGCAACAGAAGGUUGAUAUAGACAACUAUGACUACAAAAAAAUUCCGAAGCCAAAUGAAGGCAACUCAGGCUAGUAUAUUUUGUGCUCUCAAUCCCAAAGGUUUCUUUCAAACUUGCAGUAAUAUUAGGAUUUUAGUGCUUUUUUUUUUUUUUUUUUAUUGUGGUCGCUGCAUCUUGAUAAAUACCCAGGUUUAAUCCAAAUCCGCUUAGAAUAUGUUGCUCAUGUUGUUGUAGAUUGUUGUGAAAACUUAAAACACAAUUUUGGUAGUUGAGAUUAAUCAUCAUAUAUUUACCA